GAUCAUGUUAUUACAGCCUUUAUUGCCACCGCAUCGCCACGGCAUCGUCACUCCUUGUCAUUCUCAUCCUCAUAGAAUGGUUAGUAUUGUAACCUAACCGUGAACAUAAUUUUUCCAAUUUAAACUAGCGCACUUUGUACUUGAAGAUGGAUGACAUGGAUGAACUGAUCAAGAAAUAUUUUAAACUUGGAUAUUCUCAAGUGGAAAUUGCGGCAACUUUAACGUCCCGUUAUAACAUCAAUCUGAGUGUUCGUCAGCUGCAAAGAGAACUUCAGCGCCUGGAGUUAUAUCGUCAUAAAAAUCAAACUGACAUGGCCCAAGUAAGAAGAUUUAUCGAAAGGCAACUGCAGGCAUCGGGCGAAUUACAUGGCUAUCGUUGGAUGCAUCACAAGUUAUUACAAGCAGGCAUGGUUGCCAGCAGAGAAACUGUGAGAAGGACGUUGUUGGAGCUUGACCCAGAUGGGGUAAAUCUUCGAAAGAGACGGCGAUUAGUACGUCGUCGAUAUUCUGGCCGCGGACCUAAUUUUGUGUGGCAUUUGGACGCGAUGGACAAACUGAAACCGUUCGGUAUUGGGAUCAGUGGCUGUAUCGAUGGUUUCUCCAGGAAAAUAAUUUGGCUAGAGGCAAACAGCACAACCAACGACCCUGAGUACAUCGGGGGCUUCUUCUUGAAGGCGGUGGAUAGACUUGGAGGAUGUCCCACCCUCGUCCGGAGUGAUAGGGGAACGGAAAACGGACAUGUGGGAGCAUUCCAGAGGUUUCUAAGACAUCACGACGAUGCACUUGGUGGCGAUAAGAGCUACCUAACUGGUCGAAGUACAGCGAAUCAGCGAAUAGAGUCCUGGUGGGGGCAGCUUAGAAAGCAAUGCACGGAGUUUUGGAGGACUCUUUUCCGGUGGCUGCUAGAAGAAGGCUUCUUCACAGGAGAUGUGAUGGACAAAGAACUUAUCCGAUUUGUCUUCAUGAAACACAUCCAGGGUGAUCUCGACGCAGUUGCAGAGGUGUGGGAUGGACACUUGAUCAGGAAAUCGAAGCAAGAGCAUGUGACCCAUGGACGACCGCUGCUCAUGUUCCAGCUACCUGAGGUCUAUGGAACCAGGGAUCAUCUCAAACCCGUGGAACAAGAGAGAAUUGACUUGUGCAGAGAAGAAUGCAACUUCAAGGAUCGAUUUCCAUGUGAUCGGGAGUUAUUUGAAUACUGUUGUCAAUCACUCAUUACCAACGGAUGGGAAGAUCCUAGAAAUCCUGAAGCUGCGAUGAACUUGUACAUUAACCUCAGGGAACAUGUUAGAAGAGAAAUCGGUGUUUAAAGUGCUUGUGGGAUGAAGUUGAAAGGGCUUGUGAGACAAAACAGUACGGUACCUACCCGAAGUAGCCUCAAUUGCAGUGUAUGCUAAAAUUAAACGACACGCGAAUGCUACUAUAAAGGCGAACCAUGUAUGUACUUGUACAUGUUGCCUCACACAACCAACUUGAGCCCAUUGAUUAUUAUAAAUAUAAUAGCAAAAUAAAGAAACACAAGAUCCUGCACUGAACUUUAUCUUGUGUAUAGGCCCUACAAAGGAAAGACAGUGGGUUGGCGUAGAGGUAACCCCUGGUCAUGUAGAAAUGACACUGCGAGGUUUUAGUCCAAAAUAGGACUUAGGCCUACAUCCACAGUAUAUUUUCGGCUGAGAGCUAUCGAGGU